CACAGUUUGUUCACCGGUGGAAGGGACGGUGAUCGGUUCGGGUUUAAAGAGAGUGGGAGCGUUUGGUGGAGUUUUUAUUUUGACAGUGACAGUAACCACAGACUGACCGACCAACCAGAGAUUUUUGUUUCACCUUCGAGUACAACCCCCCGAACUCGGCAAUUUCAACACGGGUCCGUGUUAAAUUGUUUAAUUUAUAAUAUAUCAGUUUGUCCUAUACCGUACAGGUGGUCAAGUUUAAUCCUGGAUACCUCUUCGUUAACUCAAUUUUAACUGACGUGCGAUUGAAUUUCGGACGAAAACGGUGGACCGAACGAUAACCCCAGGACCUUUGAUGCGUUGGAAGAUGCCGAAUGUGGCGGUCGUCGCCGUCGCUGUCGCCGCUAUGUUGCUGGUCACCGCGGAAAUGGUGUUAGCGGCCGGCGGCGGCGGCGGUGGUGGUAGCGGUGGCGGCGGUGGCAGCGGCGGCGGUGGACGACAACGCGGCGCGGCCACCGCCGCCGCCGCCGAACGUCAGCAGGACUUUGACAGCGAUGACGACGAGUCCCCGCGGACGCCAGCCGCCGUCCAAUGCGCCAAUUGCUUGGGCCACGAGGGAAUCAAGUCACUGAGCAUCGAGCUGAUCAAAGCGUCGAUACUGAACAAGCUAGGCAUGCAGCGGCCCCCGGAGUUCGGUGGUCGGCAGCCACCUCGAGUGCCCACCGAUCUGCCACCACUGCAAGAUCUCAUGCGCAAGUACAACAACGACCAUAGCAGCUCGGUGGUGGUGCUGCCGCACAUCCGGCACAAGUCGCACCACCAAGACGCGGCUGGUGACGGCGGCGCCGACAUGCAAAGCGACGAAGCGACUGGUUACUCGACCACCUCGACCUCUGGGGAUAACACCAAUGGCUACAACGGCGGCUACAACGGUGGCGACAACGACGACGACGACGACUAUCAUGUCAAGACGCACAAGCUCAUAGCUUUCGCUCAGCCGCAUCCCACGACGCAGAAACUACGAGGCCACUAUCCGCUCUACUUUACGUUCUCCGAGCAGACGGGCCAGCAGAGGAUCACCGAAGCUAUCUUGUGGCUGUACAAGAGACGGCUGGACGUUGUCAUCGACGACCCGGUGGUCAUGAUCGAUGUGUUCAGAAUCAAUCCAAGCAACAUGCACCAGUCGUUCGUGUCCAGCAUAAAGCGCGUGCUCAACACCACCGAAGCGGGCUGGGUGCCCAUUGACCUACAGAGGCGCAUGUCCGACUGGUUCAAGACCACGGACGGGGCCAAGAACCUGACGCUAGUGGUGCAUGCGUACUACGUGAACAAGAACACCACGCACGUCAGAACGCCUUACGUAACGGACGCCCGGAAAAGAGAAGACAUGACCGAGAUUCCGUACCUGGAGGUGCACACGGAAGACAACCGUCGGUCGCGGGCAAAACGCAAUGUGCUGGGCAAGGACUGCGACGAUAACUCUAAGGAGCAGCUGUGCUGCCGGUACCCUUUGACGGUGGACUUCGAGGACUUCGGCUGGGACUGGAUCAUUGCGCCCAAGAAGUACGAGGCCAACUACUGUUCGGGAGAGUGUCCGAUGGUGUUCCUGCAGAAGUACCCACACACCCACCUCGCCCAGCUCACCAACAAGUCGGGCACGUACCCGGGCACGGGUCCGUGCUGCGCUCCCCGCAAGCUGUCCGCCAUAUCCAUGUUGUAUUUCGACCAGGACUUCAACAUCAUCUACGGCCUGUUGCCGGGCAUGGUGGUCGACAGGUGCGGGUGCAGUUAGAGACCAACACCGUCGUUAAUAUGAUACUAUUAUUAUAUUUAUAAUAUAUAAUAAUAUUAUGCAAAAAUAUUAUAAUUUUACUAUUACUACUACUAUUAUUAUUAUUAUAUGUUUCGUCCCAGUUGCAUAAAGUAAUGCAUUGCAUACCUAUACUAUAUAUUAUAUAUAUAUUAUUAGCGCGUCUUAAUUUUUUAUUUUGUUCGUUUUUGUUUUAUUAUCCGUUUUCAAAUUAUAUCCUCUAAUCGAACGUACCUACCUACGCAUGCACUGCAGGAAUGUACUUUAUUUUUUUUAUUAUUUUAACCCCGUCCCCUACUAGACGCCAUUUUUCACGCACGGUCAGUCGUUUUGGGUGUACCGUGAAAAUUAUGGUGUGCGUCUCGUACAUUUCAUAUUACACGAUAUCGGUUCUUAUAUUAUUGUUUUAUAAUACUAUAAUAUUAUUAUCACGAAAUCUUCGAUUUUUCUACUUCAUAGACCACUAUUUUGAUCGCCGGUGUGAUACCUUUUUAAUAGUUAACUCUCACACUAUAUAUUAUUAUGUACAUGCACCUAUACUUAUGAUAGAAUUCGAGAUUGCAACUGCAAUAGCGGAAAAAAAUACUAGAAUCAGUCUUCUAUCCGUCUAUGCUCGUUAACAUCUCACAUCAAAACACUCAACAAUAAAAUAUGACAUUAUACUCUAUACCCAUAUAUACUUCACAUAUUUUAGGUAUUAUAUAUACUAUUAUCCGUGCAUAAUAGUUAGAUGAAUAUCAUAAUUAUAUGAUAUUAUGUAGACGACUCCUAUAUUUCGGGACGUCAUUUUUAAACCGACGACAAUCUGCAACAGGAACACUGCACUAGUCAAUUAUUAACUCUAUUAUAUCUCUGAAUGUGUAUAUACGCGAAAACAAUACCGGACGACAAUUAUGAGUAGACAUUAUAGCCGUUUUUCUUUUAUAAACGAAUUCCUUUCACGCAGUGCCCAGUUUUUAUAUUCUUAUUUCUCUGCAAACACGCGAUUCUCGCAGUAUUUAAGGUAUAGAUACUUGACUUGACCGCAUUACUAUAUAAACUAUAUAAAUAUAUAUAUAUUCACAUCAAAUGUAAUGAAUAGUAAUUAAUUUCAUGCACUACCUCGCUUUCGUAUAGGUUACAUUAAUUAUUAUUAUUAUUACUUGAAGACAUUUUCCCUUGUUUUAUUAUGUUCUUAUAUUUAUGAAACUAAAAAAAUAACACUGUAUUUGUAACAUGUACAUAAUUUGAGUUACUAUAGUGUAUCUAUCUGCAAUUAUUAUAUUUUUUCUUUAGGUUCUCUGGUUCUCACCUACCUAUUAAUUUUGUUAUGCAUCGAGUAUUUAUGUCUAUCUAUACACACAUUUUCAACUGGGUUUUAAGCAGUUUGCCGUUUUCAAACAUGAUUAUUUCGAUCAAUGUGUUGUGACAAACUACAAUAUUAUAGAUCUUAUAUUAACGUGGUUAUAACUUAUGGAACAUCAAACAUUCCCGCAGAAUUGUUCAUUAUAUGACAUUUAAUUGAUUUCAACAAUUAUUUUAUACUAUUAUUCAGUUUUAUUUGUCACGUUUUAAGUACAUUUAUAUUAAUAUUAUGUUUAAGUUCCUCUGUAGUUAGAAAAUAACAAACUCUGAUAUCAUUUUUUUUUUCAAAUUAUAUUUAAUCCAUAUAUAUUUUUAUAAGCAAUUGUAUUAUUACUUAUAAAUUAUAACAUUAUAUACAUUUAUUUAUUAUGAGUCGAAUAAAUGAGUAUUCAAUUUUUGAAUAAUUGAUAAUAAUUACUUAUAAAAAUAUAUUAUGAUAAUAAAAAGGGAAACUUAAUGUAAGAAAUGUAGCUGUAAUUAAUAUACUUAUUAAAAUAAUUUACUAAGGUGUUAAUUACAAUUUUUAAUUAAUUUGUAUAAUUAUUAAAUUAUUGCUGUAAGUAUAUUAAGAACUACUGAAAAUAGUUCAUCAAUUAUAAACACUAAAUAUAUAUUUACUUGUGUAAUAAUGCUAAUCAAUUGACAAUAUACGGAUAAUAUUUAAAUUUAAGCAUUAAUAUGGAAUUGUUUUAUGUCAUGGUUUAUAUUAAAAUAUCAGUAUGAGCAUCUUUAAUUGUUACUAAAAUGUACGUUACUAAAAAUAUAAACAUAAUAUGUUACAGCAAAGCUUAAUAAAAUGUAAAACAUAUACAUAAUUUAUUAUUCUGUGGUUUUGUACAACUAUUGUACUUAAUUGUGUAUGCAAUUGAUUUAUGUCGUAAAAUAAAACACUGCAAGAUUGUAUCAACUACAGCUAAUUAAAAUGCAUUGCGACAUUGUAAAUAACAAUACUGAAAUUAAACAAUAAGGAAAUAAAUUAUCGAAAUUAAAUUCUAAAUUACAUGGCUAUAUUUUUCAGUCUUUUACGAUUUAAGUAAAUUGGACUGAAAAAAUAGUUUUAAAUGUUGAUUCUUCUAUAUACAAUGGACUUUAUUUAAUUUUUUUUUAUAUUAGUUGUUUUGUUACAUACAUUUCUUCAGUUGUCAUGCAAAUAAUAAUAAGUAAUAAAAAAAAAUCAACUAAAAUAUUCUUUAAUAAAUGUAAGAGGUACAUAUUAUACAUGUAUAUGCGUGAGUUAGAAAAAUACUUGUAACACUGAUAUUAUAAAACGAUUUUAAUGUUUCUUUGUAUAAAAAAAAGAUUGCAAUCCGUAGGUACUCAUUAAAUGAGAAUAAAACAUAUUACAUUUCUUAGUAAUGAAUUUCUUAAUACAUAAAAAUGAAUUAAAAACAUUAAAAAAAUGCAUUAGUUAUGAAUUGUGUACCUAGUAUAUUAAUAUGUUAACGUUGAUUAAAACUCAAAAAGGAUUUCCUAAACACUUAAAAAUUUAAAACGACUUAUUAUUUUAUCGUGUCGUAAAUAGUAAUUCUUCAAGUAAUUUUUCCUCAACCUAAUAUUCUUGCGUGCAUUUAUGUCAUCUAUUGUAACUCCUUGUAUUUAAAAUACCGUAUCAGGCAUAAUGUAUGGAUUUUAAUUACCAACAUUUUAUUUUAUUUGCAUUGGCUAGACACGUACAUUGAAUAUUGAAAUUUAAUUUUAGGCACUAACUAUA